AUGGGAUUUAUACAAGCAACUGUGUUUGCUCGUGCUUUACACGGAGCCGAGACCUGUUCUAUCGUGGCUAUGGAAGACUCCUAUGAGUCCUGGAUCAGCAAUGAAGAUUUCGAGCCCGAGACCGUCUUCCGCGAGAUUGUCACCCUCGCAAAAGAGGUGUCCGAUUUAUUUAAAACCGAACUCACACCUCACCAAGAAGCAGAACUUGAGAACCAUGUUCUGCACUCCCUUGCAUGGAUGGUGUACGGCUCAAAUAAAACCGAGAAAGCUGGCAGUAGCUCAGACAUUACCCUCAAACUCUGUCUCGCGAUCUUCCGUGGUGAAGAAGUCCCCGAGGAGAUCGAAGAGCAAGAUCCAGAGUACUUGUCCCUUAAGGAGAGUCUGAUCCAUCAAAACCUUCCUGCAAACACUUCGGCUGUCCUACGUAGUCGACGCGAGGUUGUGCAACAUGCCAAGGCCGCAGUGUUUAUGAUCGACCAGUUGUGCAUCCGUGGCCAGGAUCUUAGCGAACAAAUCCUCCUCGAAGCCCACCGAAUUCUAACCUACAAAGUUGACGCCGAGACUACCCCCUGGACGGAAUAUAGUGGCGUCUAUCGAUCACAUGAGGUUAGUGCGGGCCUACAUGCAUUCCCACAUCCCUCCCUAGUCCCAUACAAAAUGAAGUCCAUGUUCCACGAGCUUAAGUGCGACCUGAAAGAAGCUACAACAAAUGGGACAGUCGACCCCGUCGCCUUAGCUUCGAAGUAUACGCAUAUAUUCGUGAACAUUCAUCCGUUUAUUGAUGGCAACGGCCGAAUGUGCCGUUUGAUUCUCAACUCGAUGCUACUGAAAUUCGGGGCCUUCAUUGCUUGUAUUGGGGUAGAUGAGGAUGACCGAUCAAUCUAUGAGAAAAUCGCCAUCAAUGGAGGUGCUCUUGAAUGCUUGUACGAAGACGCCGAGGAAGAGGAAAGGCCUAAGCUGCACAAAGAACUGGCUAGUUAUGUCCUGGCCCACGUGAAGAAGAGUAUGACCGGGUUGAUUGAUGCCGUGGCGUAG